CGGCGCCGCGCGCGGCUGCCCUCUGACCGGCCGAUGGCGUGGAGAAGAUCACUGGCAGAUCAGCGGCUGAUGGACGGCUGAUGGGCGCCUGAUGGACGGCAGAUGACCAGUGACGAGGCAGCCUGGCGACGCGAAGGCCUCGGACAGCCGCUGGGAGUGAUGGUAACACGGAACGAAAGGCUCCAGUGACGCAAUGCGCAGUGAAGACUUUCAGUGACAGCGACGGUCUCCUCUGAUCGCCACCGACGCGCAGUGAACCCAACUGGCUGCCACUGCAGUCAGUGCCGCAGCACUGCCGCGGCUGAGGGGGCGUCUGCGGCGACGGUGGUGCAGUGACCGAGGUGGUAGCGGCGGUUCCUGUCGGCGAUAUGCGGGCCUUCGCCGUGACCUGGCUUCUCUCGACCCUGGCCGCGCUGCGGGCCGCCGCCAACCCAGACGCGUCCAGAUUGUACGACGACCUGCUCUCCAACUACAACAAGCUGGUGCGACCGGUCGUCAACAACACCGACAAGCUGCAGGUGUUCAUCAAGCUCAAGCUCUCGCAGCUCAUCGACGUGAAUCUGAAGAGCCAAAUCAUGACAACAAAUUUAUGGGUGAAACAUGCUUGGUACGACUACAAGCUGACGUGGUCGCCGGACCUGUACGGUGGAGUGGAGAUGCUGCACGUGCCGUCCGACCACAUCUGGAGACCUGACAUCGUGCUCUACAACAAUGCGGACGGCAACUUCGAGGUGACGCUGGCGACGAAGGCGACUCUGCACUACAACGGCCUGGUGGAGUGGGAGCCGCCGGCCAUCUACAAGUCCUCCUGCGAGAUCGACGUGGAGUACUUCCCCUUCGACGAGCAGACGUGCGUCAUGAAGUUCGGCAGCUGGACGUAUGACGGCUUCCAGGUGGACCUGCGCCACUUUGAUGAGAUCGAGAACUCGGACCUGGUGGAGCGAGGAGUGGAUCUGUCCGAGUUCUACAUGUCCGUGGAGUGGGACAUCCUGGACGUGCCAGCCGUCAGGCACGAAAAGUUCUAUACGUGCUGUGAUGAGCCAUAUUUAGACAUCACCUUCAACAUCACCAUGCGGAGGAAGACACUGUUCUACACGGUCAACCUCAUCAUCCCCUGCAUGGGCAUCUCCUUCCUCACAGUUCUGACGUUCUAUCUUCCGUCAGAUAGUGGAGAAAAGGUGACGCUGUCCAUCUCGAUCCUCAUCAGCCUACACGUGUUCUUCCUGCUGGUAGUGGAGAUCAUUCCCCCCACUUCUCUGGUCGUGCCGCUGCUCGGCAAGUACCUCAUCUUCGCCAUGAUCCUGGUCUCCAUCAGCAUCGUAGUGACGGUGCUGGUGCUGAACGUGCACUGGAGGUCGCCGCAGACGCACCGCAUGGCGCCAUGGGUGCGACGCCUCUUCAUCCAUCUGCUGCCGCGGCUGCUGGUCAUGCGCCGGCCCCUCCGACCCCGCAGAAGCGGCUGGCGGCCGGGAGAGCCGCUGCCCGGGUCAGCUGCCGUCUUCCGCACCCCGUCAGUGGACCUGACCGAUUCUCCGACGGCCUCCUCGCCAGACUCGCUAGCACCGUGCGCAGACAGACAUUUUACGGACGCGCUCAUCAACCCGUCGUGCCAGGUUCAUGGGCUGGACAGGAACGACUGGAGUCCCUUGUGCGAGGGUGCUGCCCUCUUGUCGUCAUCUGCACAAUUCGAGUCAGCCACGUGCUCGCAAGAUGUCCAUCGCGUCAGUUGGUGUGUCAGCUUUAUCGCAGAAAACACCAAAAACAAAGAAGACCAGCAAAUGGUGCGCGAGGACUGGAAGUAUGUGGCGAUGGUGUUGGACCGGCUGUUCCUCUGGGUGUUCCUGCUGGCGGUGGUGAUCGGCACCGCCGGUAUCAUCCUGCAAGCGCCCUCUCUGUACGACGAUCGCGUUGCGCUGGAUCAGAAGUACUCUGAGAUCGGCAGGCACCGGCGAAAAAAGUGAACGAUGCUGGCGGUAGCCUAGCGACUGGUCGAUAAAACUGUGGUUUAUGGUAACCUCGGUAGAUGGCACAACAAUAGGGUCGCUACCGAUUUCGACAAUUGCUGUGGCGACGCGCGGCUGUCGGGCGAACGGGCUUUGGUUGACGGGGAUGGAGCAUUAGAUGAAGGAGUGUAGUAUUGACAUGCGCGUAAGUGACAGUAGCAUGUUUAGUUCUACAUGGCCUCGUCGAAAGCAGAAAAGAAUCCAUGUUUCGUUGUUAAGUACAAUACCAAAGUUUAGGUAGGUAUGUGGCACCUGCACCGCCGGAUUAUGCAUCGCUUUCUGUGCAUCUGAUGGAUCAACAAUUGUAAGAAAGUAGUCAUCAGUGGCCUGUUCAGCAUUAGUGUUAACCAAGCCUGGUGUCAUGGUUCACCGCUGGGUUUUAGACAUCGUGUUCUGCUACUGAGGGACUUUUUUACUUAGUGUACCAUGGCGUAGUACUUAGUUUUGCCAUCCCGUGCAUUAGAGGUUUAUUUUGCCCAUAGUUGCCACCUUCCAGUGUUCCCCCAUUACAUUAGGGCUGAUUUUAGUACUAAGAGGUGGUUAUUACGUCUAACGUUGUGCAGCAGACUGAAUGAGUGAAAGCGUGCCACGCGAUCGAUUAGCGACGUUGGCCGAGUUCACGUCACACACUCACCUAACAAUAGAUGACCUGAGAAUGCCGGGCACAGAUGGGACCGAUUUAGCGUGAAAUAAGUGUCGUAUGGAAAAUAGCAGCAGCUGACCUAAAAGAGCAUUAAGCGCCCGACAGACGCUUUUUUCGGUGGGGCACUUUCAGUUCGCACUUAGCUCCAAAUGAGAUCCUUUAAUGUCAGUAGAUUUCUAUGGCCUUCGAAGGUGGCCUUGCCACUGGAAGGUAAAUUAUCGAUACAUCUUUUUUCUGUGAAGACCGGGCGCUGCUCAUCAAACGGCCAGCCUUAUUCAGUAGAUAUGAGCCCACCUCAUGGUCUCGCACAAAAUUAUAUUCGCACUACACUGCUGCUGGGAGUAUGUACAUCGCGGUUCAAAACAAGCAGUGAUGAACCAAACUCGUGAGUACGAUUUCUUGAAAAACGGGGACAAAUUUCAGACUGACCCCCACUCAGUCCUAAGAGAUGGGUGUUUUAGUUACGGCAUGCUUCCAUUAUGAAAUACCAUGAUAUGCUUUGAUUGAUGGUCACGUUCAUCAUCCACGCAGAGUCUUCGGUUUAGCAGAAUUCAUGCGGGUAUCGCCCGUCAUAUAUGCGUUAUGUCCAUGUUCUCGCCGCGUCAGCUGGCCCCUCUACCUCAUUUGCAGGGAUAUGCUUACCUCCCGAUUUUCCGUCAUCGCAUGCACACUGGCCCAGUUGCACCGUUCGUCGCGUCAUUCGGUCAGUGUACACCAUAGCACCCAUAAGUCGCCUGCCUGAGACGCACAGCUGGCGGAACCUCCCCACGCGUUUUCAGAAAAUGUCAGCAGAGAAGAGUAGUGAAUUUCGUAUUCCCAUGGCAAAUAUGUCGUGACCAACCGCUACACCAAAGUCACACACGAAGUGAUGCGUGUCUGUAUCGUGCUUCUCGUGAUGGGCAUGCCGUGGGCCCGGUUUAGUGCGGAGAGCGUAGCAGGUGGUAGCGGUGUAGGCGUAACAUAAGUGCACUUGGGCAUGUGGAAUCAGAGCGGGGGCGCCGACGGCAUGCUGGCCGUCUUUCAGGGGAUCUUGUGAACCUUUGCCACAGGACGGAGGCCGAGAACGGGCUCGCCGGGUGGUAAGUCGUUGGAAGGUAAUUCCGGCGCUCACGUGAGAGCUUCCCCGCGUUCCAGUGGGCUGCUGGUGCUUGUUCGAUUGUCCAGCGACCUUAAGAACCUUUAUCGGAGACGCAAAGAGAGCAAUAC